GGCGAGGAGAAGGCGGUGAUCCGCCAUUUCGUGGACGCCGGGGGAGCGAGAGCAUCUGUGGGAGCUGGGUGAAGGGAGCGGGCCGUCCUAUCGGAUCUUGUGGAUUUGGGCCUCUGCAUUUCGAACUUAAGAUUUCGAAAUGCAUCGUGACUCCUGUCCAUUGGACUGUAAGGUUUAUGUGGGUAAUCUUGGAAACAACGGCAACAAGACUGAAUUGGAACGGGCUUUUGGCUAUUAUGGACCACUCCGAAGUGUGUGGGUUGCUAGAAACCCUCCCGGCUUUGCUUUUGUUGAAUUUGAAGAUCCCCGAGAUGCAGCUGAUGCUGUCCGAGAGUUAGAUGGAAGAACAUUGUGUGGCUGCCGUGUGAGAGUGGAACUGUCGAAUGGUGAAAAAAGAAGUCGAAAUCGUGGCCCACCUCCCUCUUGGGGUCGUCGCCCUCGGGAUGAUUACCGGAGAAGGAGUCCUCCACCACGCCGCAGAUCUCCAAGAAGGAGAAGCUUCUCUCGUAGCCGGAGCAGGUCCCUUUCCAGAGAUAGGAGAAGAGAGAGAUCAUUGUCUCGGGAAAGAAAUCACAAGCCGUCCCGAUCUUUCUCUAGGUCUCGUAGCCGAUCUAGGUCAAAUGAAAGGAAAUAGAAGACCAGUUUGCAAGAGAAGUGCUGUACAGGAAAUAACUUCAUUUGACAGGAGUAUGUACAGAAAAUUCAAGUUUUGUUUGAGACUUCAUGAGCUUGGUGCAUUUUUAAGAUGUUCAGCUGUUCACAUUUGUUUGUCUCUUUAAGCAAUGACACAUAAAGAUGUAAUUCUCUAUGAUUUGAAAUGGAUCAUAUGAGGCAUGUAAUACCAAGAAUUGUUACUUUACAAUGUUCCCUUAAGCAUAAUUACAUUUGUUUUGAACUUUAGUCUUGUAUAUAGACUGAUAAUAAACCUUUAAAUCCUGCCCAAUUAAAGUGUGGUAUUUUAAUACAGAAACAACUGGCAGAAAGUGAAUUGAGAUACACAUUUUUCCUAUAAUUGGGCUCUAGUUGAGCAGACAGUCUUGUAAAGUUGCCAUGAACAAAAGCCAGUAAAAAAUACGAGAUGCACCAUUAAACGAGGUUUUUGAAAAAAUUCAACUGGUCUUCACCCUGGGCGGAGGUUGCCUAGUUGAUACAGAAUCUGUUUCAAAAAGUUUUAUCUUGAGAUCUUUAAAUGAUAUAUAUGAACACAUUGCUGUAACGUUCUUUACUGAAAUUCGAAUUUUCAAAAUACCAGUGUCCUGCCAACUUAAGGGUACAUUGUAGAGCCGAACUUUGAGUUACUGUGCAAGUUUUUUUUUUCCAUGCUGUCAAUUGUAAUAUGUUUUGUGAAAAUCCUUGGGAUUAAAGUUUUGGUUACAAAUUGUUGUUUAA